CAACUGUUUAGUGUUGUACAUUCAUUUUAAAAUAAUUAUUUCAAUAAAAGUGUCAUACUUUGAAAUACAAAUAAUCGUUGAAAGUAAGUUAAAAAUUUACGUCCACAGUAGCACAACAUCACAAGUCAACCGAAUUAAAAUAUAUAUAUACAUACACUUGUUCAAAAAUUUAAUUUACUUGUUAAACAAUAUUUUUUGUCAGUUAAAAAUUAACAUAAUGAAACUAAUUAAGCUUAUGCUUUUCUCGCUUAUAUUUAUGAGUUCACAGAUGUUUUUUGAAUCUAUUGAAUGCAGUCGACAAGCAAGAUUCCGUAUAUGUCUCGAUAAAUACGGUUUGGCUAAUAUUAUCUCGUACAAAAUUGAAGAAGUUGGAGUAACAUUUUUUAGACAUCCUUUAUAUGCUUAUAAUUUUUCUCCUGAGUUUGAAAAACUAAUGAAUAUUUGGGUAGCUUUUAUUGGUAAGUUUUAUAAAAAUGAUAAAAUUAUAGAUUUUAUCGGAGAAAAAAUGAUCGAUUCUAUUUGUAUUCCUUUCACAAACACUGGAGAAUUUUCUAAAUUGAAUGACAGUACAAAAAGCUGUUCUGAAAUUGUAAAGAAUUGUUCUGACACUUUUGUUCAAGCUGAAAUAAUUGGUAAUAAAUUACUUAAAGAUUCAAGUUCUGCUAGUCAUGGGAUUAUCAAGUCAACACUAGAUGAUAUGGAUAAGUUAUAUGACCAAUAUUUAAAGAACACAUUAAAUAAAGACUUACAGAUUCAAGGCUUAUUUUAAUAAUUGUUUUCGAGCAAAAUUACAUUUUUUUUUUAAAUUUAUAUUUUAAUUUAAUUUUCACAUAUAAUGAUUCCAAAUAAAAUAUAUUUAAUUUUUUUUUGCAAACAAUCUAAUAUUUUAAUAAUCUUCCACUGGUUAUCCGUUAAAUUUAGUACAUGUCUAUUAAAUGAGUAGGAGUGUUGUCAAUAAUCAACAAUUUUAAAAUAUGUUUUUAUGAUUAAUUUUUAUUAUAAAUAAUUAAUUUAUGAUAAAUAUAUACACAAAUAUUUAUAAUUUAUAUAAAUAAAUAUAUUUAUGUAGCAUAAAAGUUAAAAUAACUGAAUAAGUUUUAUAAAAUAAUAAU